CUUGCCUUUGCAGCGGUGCUAGAUACAAACAGAAGGUUAGGCAGGUUGACAGCGACGAAUCUUGUGCGAAGUGCGAGGAUAUUUAGUGUAGUCAGGGUAGAACAUCUGUGUUUAUGUUAUGUGAAGUGGACGCCGGUUUAUUAGGACUGUGAUUGAGCACCAUGGCUUCUACUCCAACACUCAGGCGGACAGAUUCAGCUCGGGGGGACUUUUCUCCUCUAAAGCACUUUGUUGUAGCCAAGAAGAAGAUCAGCAAUUUGUUUGAACAGCUUCUCAGCUACGUGAAAGAGACAUCAGAGUUUGUCGAAGUCAUCAGUGGGAAUGAGGCUCUGGGGACAAUCGCGACUCAAGAUCAGAAGAUGGAGAUUCAAACCUAUGCCGACAAGCUUGCAGUCAUUAAGGAGGUCCUGGCUCGCAGGCACAUGAAGGUGGCGUUUUUUGGCAGGACCAGUAAUGGUAAAAGCACAGUGAUUAAUGCCAUGCUGAGGGACCGCGUCCUGCCCAGCGGGAUUGGUCACACCACUAACUGCUUCCUGAGCGUUGAAGGCACUGAUGAAGAGAAGGCCUACCUUAAAACUGAGGGAUCAGAAGAGGAGAAGAGCAUUAAAACUGUAAACCAGCUGGCUCACGCUCUGCACAUGGAUGAAAGCCUGGACGCUGGCUGUCUGGUCCGGGUGUUUUGGCCAAAAACCAAAUGUGCUCUGCUUCGAGACGACCUGGUUCUUGUGGACAGUCCAGGGACAGAUGUCACAACGCAGCUGGACAGCUGGAUUGACAAGUUUUGCCUGGACGCUGAUGUCUUUGUGCUCGUGGCAAACUCUGAAUCGACACUUAUGAACACGGAAAAACAUUUUUUCCACAAAGUGAACGAGCGUCUCUCAAAGCCAAACAUCUUCAUCCUUAACAAUCGUUGGGAUGCCUCGGCAAAUGAACCAGAGUACAUGGAGGAUGUGAGGAAGCAGCACACAGACCGCUGUGUGAACUUUCUUGUGGAGGAACUAAAAGUUGUUGACCGUGAUCAGGCACCCAACCGUAUUUUCUUUGUCUCUGCAAAAGAGGUGCUCAACUCUCGGAUGCAGCGAGCGCAGGGCAUGCCGGAAACAGGUGGCGCUCUGGCCGAGGGGUUCAAGGAGAGACUAAAGGAGUUCCAGAGUUUUGAGAGGAGGUUUGAGGAGUGUAUCUCGCAGUCAGCAGUGAAAACAAAGUUUGAGCAGCACACUAUCAGGGCCAAGCAGAUCAUAGAAAAAGUCAAGACCAUCAUGGAUGCCAUCAACAUUGAAGCAGCAGAGAAACGAGUGGCAGCACUGGAGGACAGAGAGUAUCAGAGAGACCGGCUGGAGUUUGUUAGGAAUCAACUCAACUUACUCAUUGAAGAAAUAAAAAAGAAGAUCAAAGCCAUCAGCGACGAUGUGGAGUCCAAGGUGUCCAUUGCUAUGGGAGAGGAGAUCGACCGUCUUCAUGUGAUCGUUGACGAGUUCCGCGGUGAUUUCCACCCUUCACGUCAAGUCCUCAAACUCUACAAGGCUCAUCUGCUGGCACAUGUGGAACAGGGAAUGGGAAAGAACCUGGCUUUCCGUUGCUCCAACGCCAUCAAUGUCUCUGUCCAGUCUUCUCAGCAAUACAUGAUGGAGAGCAUGGUGCCUCUGCUUCCCUCGACGGCUCAGAGCCAAGUCCACAUGCUGGUGCCCAAAAAGACGUUCGACCUGAGCUAUGACCUGAACUGUGCUGCCAUUUGCAGUGACUUCCAGGAAAACAUCGAGUUCCAGUUUUCGUUGGGCUUGAAGGCUUUAGUGCACCGCUACUUGGGUUCUGUUAAUGCACAGAGAGCUCUCAAACUGGUAGAUCCAAACUUCCAGGUACCUUCUGAGAACUCUAGAGCUGCAGUUCCGGUAACGCCUUCGUCUGAGCCCCCAUCCAUCGCAGCACCGCCCAAUAACGAGAAGGCUCUGAUGACCCAGGAAGACCUGAUGAUAGCCAUGGCAACCAACUUGGCAUCCAUCACUUCGCGCACCUCAAUGGGCGUCAUCGUUGUUGGAGGAGUGGUGUGGAAAACAGUCGGCUGGAGGGUUAUUGCCCUGUCGGCCUCCCUCUAUGGCCUGGUGUACUUGUACGAGAGACUCACUUGGACCACAAAAGCGAAAGAGCGAACUCUGAAGCGGCAGUUUGUGGAGUUUGCUACUGAGAAACUGCAGCUCAUCGUCAGUUUUACAAGUGCAAACUGCAGCCACCAGGUCCAACAGGAAAUGGCCACGACGUUCGCUCGGCUCUGUCAGCAGGUGGAUCAGACGCAGAGGGAUCUGGAGGCAAACAUCCGUCAGCUGACCACUAAUAUAGAUGAGCUGGAGACCGUCCAGAACUGCUCAAAGACUCUGCGACAUAAAGCAACAGAGCUGGAGAAACAGCUGGAGGAUUUUACCAAGCAGUACCUGCAGCCUCAGGACUGAAGCCGCAGUCUGGCUCUUCUGGAGUCGUCCUGCUCACGAUGCCAACUGCUGGUGGCGAUGCUGGAAACUGAGUCAACCAAAACAUGGAACUCUUUCUGCACACCACCGGGGGCAAAGCUGAUGCUCCUCUGAACAAAUGUACCUACAAUGUUUCUCAGAUAUUAAGACUUUUUUGGUUUGUGAAAGAUUCUUUUUGUUGCUCAGAAAAACCAUUUGUUAAUUUUGUAGGUUUCACAGGAAAAAUUAAGUAUUUUCCCUGUUCUUAACCCAGCCAGAAACAUCAGGUGCUCACAAAAAAGCAGUUGAAUUAAAAAGGAAAAAUCUGCCUAAAUGAACAGUGGUUGUGAAAUUUCUCUCCACCAGGGGGCAUCAUGCAUUGGUCAGGUUGCCAGGUGUUGGAUUCAGUUUUUUGACACUAACCUUUUGUGACUUUAAUUGUAAAGAUGCCUUUUUUAUUAUUGUGUUUAUGGAGAAAAUGAAGACCUUUGCAGACGUUUGUUCAAACGGGAUCAGUUGUAAGUGAAAAAAAUACACGUUAUAUUAAAAGUGUAAGGAAACAGUAAAUAUAUGCCCUGUACUCGUGAGUCGGAAGGAAAGCAUGUACUGUAGUUUUAUUUCUAUUUUCUAACAAUCCAAACUGUAUAGUUCAAAGAAUUUCAUUAUCAGAUAUUUUAUAUUAUAUUUUAUUUAUACAAAAUACAAUGGGCUUGCAGUUACACAUCACUGCAUUUUGUAAACUUUUGCGUUUCCUCUCAAAUGUGUAUCAAAAUUUGCUAGAUUGCAUUAAACCUGAAAUUAUCUAAAACUUGA